GCACGCUUCUGGGUCUUGUACUGUAACGUGAAUACAAAUCUUUCCCACUUAUCAAAAAUGGGGACCGUGACUGUGUCGUGCACAGCUGCGCGUGUGUGACCCUAAACUGUGUAAGGACUGCCACCGCAGCCUCAGCUGGGCCUGCCCGGAGGGAGAGAGGGACGAGCAGGAAGAGAAAGCAUUGCCUGGGGCGCUGAGCCCGGGCGGUGGGGACAGCUCGGCCAUUCCCGCUGGGAUCAGCACUUGGGGCCACUUUCCCGCGUCCUCUGGACACCGCUCCUCUCCCACCCCGACCCGCGAUCGCGGCCCGGGACUGCUGUUGGCGCCCGCUCCCGGUUCCUGCCUGCACCGCGGGCUCCAGCGCUCUCUGCUCUUGUCAUGGAGCCCGGGCCGCGCAGCAGGCCCGCCGAGCCGGGGCUUUGCGUGAGCGGCUCGCCCGGAGCGGGCUCAGCGUUUCCAGCGUCCCUGCCAUCUGGGGCCGGGGCCGAGCCUGGGAGUCGCCCUGGAACCGUGGCCGCCGUGCUGCCGGCCGGGGGCUGCGGGGAGAGGAUGGGCGUCCGCACCCCGAAGCAGUUCUGCCGCGUGCUGGAGAGGCCGCUCAUCAGCUACACCCUGCAGGCCCUGGAGAGAGUAUGCUGGAUAAAGGACAUUGUUGUGGCUGUGACAGUGGAGAACAUGGAAGCAAUGAGGAGCAUCAUCCAGAGGUAUGGGCAUAAGCGCAUCUCCCUAGCCGAGGCUGGAGCCACACGCCACAGGUCAAUUUUUAAUGGCCUGAAAGCCCUGGCAGAAGACCAGCCAGACGUUGUGAUCAUCCACGAUGCCGUGAGACCUUUUGUCGAGGAAGACAUUCUCCUGAGAGUUGUCACAGCAGCUAAGGAACAUGGGGCAGCAGGAGCAAUUCGGCCUCUGGUGUCCACUGUCAUCAGUCCCUCUGCUGAUGGCUGCCUAGAGCACUCACUGGACCGCGCUAAACACAGGGCCAGUGAAAUGCCACAGGCUUUCCUCUUUGAUGUGAUCUACGAAGCAUAUCAACAGUGUAGUGACUAUGAUUUUGAAUUUGGAACAGAGUGCUUGCAGUUGGCCCUAAAAUACUCUCACACAAAAGCAAAACUCAUAGAAGGGCCCCCCGACCUCUGGAAGGUGACCUACAAACGGGAUCUGUACGCAGCCGAGUCAGUGAUUAAGGAGAAAAUUUCACAAGAUAUUUGUGUGGUUAUGAACACAAAAGAUGAAGAAUCUACAGGACAUCUUCUCAAGGAAGUGCUAAAAAAGGAAUUAAAUUGUGUUAAUGUCACAUCCACAGUUCUGGAUCACACAGGCAGUGACGUUCAGAAUUUCCCCACAGACCAGUGCUAUAGCUUCAUCUGUGUGAAUGUUGUGUCCUCUGAUUUUCAAGAGAUCCAGAAAUUCUUGAGUACCCUUGAGGAGAGUGGCCUUCCUCUUUUGUAUCCUGUAGUUGUUGUUUUGGUGCACUGCUGUGACCUCACCUUAGCUCCACUCGCUCCGAAGAUGGAGAGCCUGAUGUGGAUUAGGGGUUUGGCGGAGGACAUGAAGAAGAGGAAUGUUUUAUUAAGUGGACUUCUCCUAAACUACUCAAAGGAUGAGCAGAAACUACAAGAGAGUUUCCAACAAGGUGCCUCCAUCAUAGCUGCCUUAGUUAAAGAAAGAAGUUCUGCCCUCGCUGGUCAGCUCCUGCUGGCUUAAAGAGCACAGACGACAGUCAUACAAGCUUCCAAAAAGACGUCCCUAGACUCUCUUGUGCCUGCUUCCCACCUCAUUUCUCUUCCUUGUACCUGGAAGAGAAUUUCACUUGUUUUCUUUAUCUUGUCACUACAUAGAGCUGACAGUUCCGGAAUAGAGAGGACUUAUUUUACUCUUUUCUCUUUCCUGAAUUAGAUGUUCCCAGAUGACAGGAUGUGAUGCUUAGGUUGUAAAAAUGGGUUAGUGCUCAUGUCCAUGGAAUUAUGUGUGCCAAAUAUAAAUGGCUUCUACCAUAAAAUAAAUGAAAAAUACUGCCUUUAUGUGAAGGACCUGUUUACUACUACAAAGAAGUUCAAUUGAAAUGGUAAGGUACGCUUCCCUCACGGGAUGAGGAUUUACACAGCUUAGCUAUUAUCUUAGAGCUAUGUUAAUUAGCAGACUGGUCACAUUAUAAUGGAGAUCAUGAAUAAGCUUCAGAAAUAUUCUUAAUUAUAAAAUUGCCCCCACAAUAUGUGAUAAUAUACCUUUUUACCUUGUUUUAGAAUUCAUCACACCUUAUAAAAAAAGAAGGGAGCUGGGAAAUUGGCUCAGUGAGAACACCUGCCUAAUGUGUUAUAGCAACAUCACAAAAGAAAAAGUAAAGACUUGGAAAUAUUGGGUAUAAACAAGAAACAGAAUGUCUCGUUUUCCUCACCUUUCUUACCUAUUGCACUCAAUCUGUAAAGAGCCUGGAAUUGUUUUUCACUCUCCUAUCAUUUUUUUGAUCCUGUGUUUUUUAUCUGGCUUAUGAGAUGAUAUUUGAUGUUAGAGACUCAACUUUCUCUAGGUUAGUUUUAGGAAAGUCUGAAGAACUUCAUGAAGGUUGAGUUGCUUGUGCCCAUCCCUGGCUGUGGUCUUCUGGAAGGCAGAGCAGCCUGAGCUGUGGAGUUUAUUAUACUUUAUGCAAGAAGUGUGGCCUUGCAAAAUCAAUGUUUUAUUCUUCCAGUUUUUACUGAUCAUGCAUAUUAACUCUUGAUAUUUUCCUUUGAGUUUAAAAUUUUUAUAUGUAUAAGUCAUUAAAAUGCCAUUUUAUUCUAUAUAUAAAUUAAUUUUAUUUAUAUAUAUUAGGUCAGAAUAUUCUGGGACUUACACUGCAUGAAGGAAUUAUAAG